UAUAUAUAGGGUAUUUUAUAUGAUAUAUGGAUGUGAUGGGUGCAAAAAUCAGUCGACCGUCGGUUGGUCCGGUGGUGAGCACGAGGUACACGUCGUUAUCGGAGGAGACGGUGGUGGUGAGGCGGCGGCCGCAUGUUGUUAACGGCGGAGGCUUCGUCGUGACGGAUUGCAAGCAAGACGUCAUCUUUAGGGUUUAUGGUUGUGGAGUUCUUGGCGCCAAAGGCAAGCUCCUCUUGAAGAACGGCGACGGAGCUGACUUGCUUCUCAUCCACAAAAGGGGAGGAAUGUUGCAGGCAAUGAACAUGAUACACAAGAAAUGGGAAGGCUAUGAGUAUGACAAUGAAGGGUCACAGAGGCUGGUUUUCACACUCAAGGAUCCAAAAGAUUCAUGUCUGGUUAAGACCGGUUCAAUCAGAAUCUCGGUUUAUGGUAAACCGAAAACCGGUAUUUUCGAGAGCGGCUACGUCGAGAUCGAAGGCUCGUUUCCGGAUAGAGAUUGCAGAAUUGUUGAUUCGGAUGGAAGAACCCUAGCUCAGGUGGGAAUAAAGAAGGAAAUGGUGGGGAGCAAGAAGGAUCUUUACCAAGUCAUUGUCAAACCUAAGGUCGAUAAAGCUUUCAUCAUUGGACUCAUCUCCAUCCUCGACUACAUCCAUGGCGAAUCCACUAUAUGCUGACCAUGCACUAAUGAUUUCAUUUCAUAAAUGUUUUUAAUGUAAAUUAAGGAGUGAUCUACUUGACCAUAACACACUAAAUCUAGAGAGUAAAGAGUUGUACAGCCGAUCUCUAAUCGAUUUAUCCAGUGAAUAAAACUCGAAUUUUUC